UGGCCACCGCCAUGCACUGUAGAAACCUAUUGCGAUGACUGUACAGAGCGACAGAAGCUGAAUGUUUCUAGCAGAAAAUAACGCGUUUGUCAGUAUCGCUAUUAUAGUGAUAUUGAAUCAAUUUCCGAGGACGUACGCAGAGUUGUUUGCUACAUAUUUUUCUUGAAUGUCUAGUCAGUGGUACAAACAAUGGCUUCAAAUGCUGCUGUGUAACUUGUGGUUUUGGUUGACACCUGUGGUUUAAGUGUUGUUGCGGAGGAACACACUGCGCGACAGAUUUUAGUCUGAAGUGUGCCAAUGAUACCUAGCUAUCUAUUGGUCCACUGAAAUUAUCCAGCAAGGAAAAUCGCCACCUCUGAAAAUGCAAAAGUGAAAGAAAGAAUGAUUGAUAAGUUGUUCUCACCUGACAAUUUAUUCAUAUCAAAUCAAGAGGGAUUCAGAGGUUAUUUUACACUACCCAGUUACAACCAAUCUGGUCUCCCCUACAUUUAUUGAUGAAGUCCUCAAGACUGCAAGCUCAAAGACUUUUAAGUAAAUUUUAUUUUUAAUUUACUCCACUGAUAACCGCUCUUAGAUGGAGGAGGCGUAUGCAGCACUGUACCAGGAGUUUGUCCGUCUCCAGUCACUCUGCUUAAAACAAGCAGCAAUAAUACAACAUCUCUCUGACACAAUACAACGACAACAAGGUUUGGCCACGGCUCCAACUAGGAACUUUGAAAAGCCGUAUCAGUGCCCAGAGGAAAAGUCAGGACACCGACCCCAUCCUGCAGAACGCCAUGAGCAAGAACCUCUAAGAGAAUUCAAUGCACCACGCAUACUGGGCUCUCAAACUGGUAAUGAUCUUCGUCAUAUUGAUAGAGGACUAGACAAACUGUGUCUUAACCUGGACAUGCCAGAUCAGAAACAGGAUAACCAUGAUAAAACAGUUUUACACGAUCCACUAAAGACGGCAGAAAACAGUGCCUGGGAUGACCUGAGGAGAGUUGAGCAACAUUAUAAUGCAAACCAGACUUCACAAAGACUGCGGAGGCCCUGGUCAUCCUCGUUUCUGGACAGUGAGUUGAUCAGUCAAGCCGGAGGGUUGUUCAUGUCUGGAGUCACGCUGCAGUCGCAGGUGUGUGAGUUCUGUCACGCUGUGUUUCCUGGACACACAAGCACCCGCGGAGAGUUUCUGCGUCACCUUACUACACACAUGACCUGAAGGAAAGCAGUGCUGGGAAUCAAAUUCACCAAAAAAUGAAGAUGAGAUGAUAAGCGAACACACCGAUAAUGUCAGUAAUGGACUAUCAUAUGUUUGAUUUUGAAACUAUUGGAGGUUUGGUCAGUGAUGAUUUUUUUAAUUAAAUUGUAAAGCACACAAAGUUGUAGUGCAAGUACUUAAUAUGAUAAAGUGAGAAGAACAACAAAAAAUGUUAUGCAUGCACAUGUAUUUGUUGUUUCAUUUUAUCACGUUAUGAUUCAUUGCCUAGUUUGAUCUUGUAAUUAUUUGGUUCCAUCACAAAAAGUGUCUGUUUUGUACCAGUAGAAAUUAUAUGAAUAUAACAUUAUUUUUAGAAUGAUUUACUGUUUUUACCCAAAUGCUGAAUUCUCAUUACCAUAAAGCACAAGAUAUGAGUAUAGUGCUGUCUAGCAAUUAAAUAGUAAAUACACUAGAAAAUGUUACAGUAUAGAAAAUCAAUGGAUCAUACCAACUGGUAGCAUGAAUGCUGUAAAACCUCAUUAGUUUAUAAGUGAUUAUGUUUAAAUGAACACCAGUGCUAUAAUAAUCGGCUGUUCGAUUGCUUCAGUCUGUUGUGCUGCUGAGAGGUUUGUGUUUGUAGCUUCGUGUACCUUCGCGUUUUAUUGAAUCUCUACCUUACUUUCACUCCCUUUUGUCUAAAGUGAUAAUAUA